AUGGAAGCGAUAGUCUCUGCGGUCCUCGGCGACCUCAUGAGCCGAUCCAUAUCCUUCGCCGUAGACUGGUACUGUCACCGGCGACACGAGGGCACCGUGCAGGAGAACCUGCAGCGGCUGCGGCGUGUGCUGCUGAGGAUCCAAAUCACCGUCGAGGAGGCCGAGCGGCGGCGCGUCACGAACCAGGCGAUGCUCCGACAGCUUCAUCUGAUGAGGGAAGGCAUGUACAGAGGCUACUACCUGCUCACCACCGUCAUGCGCCAAGAACAUCCCCGAGGUCCCGAGGUCAGUCGUCACAAACACUCGUCGCUGGCCUUGUCUGAGUUCAACCCAGCAAAGCGCAUCUGUAUUCUCCCAGCCAGAACGACGACGGCGGCGACGACAGUCACGGCGUCUUACGCCGGACGUGAGGCAGAGGCGGAGCUGCAGGAGGCGCUCAUCGGCCUGGAACGCAUGGCCAGCGACAUGAAGGAGCUGGUCCUGUUCCUGAGCUGCUACCCUCCCCUGCUCCGCGAGCCUUACAGCAGGCACCUGUGGCUGGAGAACCGCAUGUUCGGCCGUGAUGCAGAGUAUGAGAGCAUCAUCAGGUUCCUGCUGGAACCAGAGCCUGCAGGCGCACAAGACUUGGCCGUGCUUCCAGUGAUCGGCCCAGCAAGACUUGGAAAGAGCACGCUCGUGGAGCACGUCUGGCGCGACGAGAGGGUGCGCCAACACUUCUCCUUGAUAGUCUUCUUCGAAGAAUCCGACAUCGUGGGUGAAAACCUGCACCUGACGCCUCUGGGAGAUAGCGGUGUAAUCAAAUAUCGUAAUGAUCUUGCGUCGACGACUGGGAGCUCACUAGUUGUUGCUGAGCUAGUAGGUGGCGUGGAUGAGAGCGCAUGGAGAAGAGCACUGUCCACGCUGAAGAGCGAAGGCACGGCACCUGUCAGUAAAAUUGUUGUCACAAGUCGGUCAGAGAUGGUCGCAAGUUUUGGGACCAUGAAAGCUCUUGAGCUGAAACCUCUGUCUCGAGAAGCUUUCUGGUACUUCUUCAAGACAAUGGCGUUCGGUAGCACACCAGAUGCCGAGGAGCAGCUGGGGCUAGCAUCUGUAUGCAUGGAGAUCGCGGACCUGAUGGACAGAUCAUUCGUAGGUGCAAAUAUUAUUGGUGGCUUACUGAGGAACAAUCUUUGUGCUUGGUUUUGGCACACGGUUCUCAAACGCAUCAAAGAUUUCAGACGUAUGCAUCUCGACUUCUUCGGUGAGCUUCCAGCUCAUCGCUUGGCGAAAGGUCAGCCUAUAUACAUUUGGACACUAUCUAAGACUGAUAGUGUGCUCAUAGCCUACAGUUGUUAUCAAGCGUCUUCAGGCCAGCAACCCGAUCUGCCCAAGAUAACUUUACAAGAUGUUCAUACUGGAAGCACAACGCCUCGGGGGAAGUUCGAAGCCCUGGCAUGGAGAUCUUACAUACCACCCUACUCCAGCUACGUGUUCAGAUGUGGGGUGCAAACACCGUCGUCGUGCCUCCGUUUAUCCCCCAGGAACAAGCAAAUCCGGCAGCGGCAGGCACUGGCGGAGCGUGAGGACAAAUCAAGGGGGGCCAAUUUCAGGCUAUACUGA